AUGGCUGAAGAGAAACUGGAAGAGGCCCAGGUUCUCCGGGCGCUGGCCGAUCAAUGCAGCCAGGCGAUCCUGGCCUCCGCGAGGGCGGGAGACCUUGCGCAGCUCUCCUUGAGCCUGGAGUCGGAGCUUCCUUCGUGCAAGGGUGAGAACGGGGAGACGCCCCUGCACUUGGCUGCUGGCAACGGUCAGGUCUUGGCUGCAGAGGCCCUGCUGAGCGCUCGUGCAGCCAUGUCAGGCGACAACAUGGGCCGUGCCCCGCUCCACUUCGCAGCUCAGGGUGGCUACCUCGCAACCGCGGGGUUGUUGCUGGAGGCACAGGCCUACCUAGAGCUGGAGGAUGCGACCCAGCGCACGCCCCUGCAUCACUCCGCCCGAAGCGGCCACGUAGAGGUCACGGAGUUGCUGCUGAGCGCUAAAGCAAGGCCGGAUGCCCGAGACGGCGACCUCAACACACCGCUACACCACACCGCACGCUCUGACCUGCUCUUCAACGUGUCCGUCCUCCUCCUCACACGAGGUGCCGACUUUGAGCUUGAGGAUGCAAUUGGGUUUCGGCCUUUGCACUAUGCCUGCACCUUCAGCCAGUCCCUAACUGCUAUGCGGCUUUUGGAUCUGUCUGCCGACGUCUGGGCGAUGGACAGGUCUGGAUGGAGCCCCGUGAUACAUGCGGCUGCUGUCGGCGAGCACCAGUUUGUUCAACAGCUGGUGACACGCAUCGCCAAGCCAAAGGAGUUUGUGCAACCCGAUCCCUCCAAAUUCAUCGUCCAGGGUGACGGGACCAUCGGCGGCAUACCAGCUCUGGUAAUGAUCGGAGUCGUCGUCGUCCUGCUCAGCAUCGCGGUUGUCAUUCCAGGCUGCAGGAUUAUUCGACGAUUCCGUCGGCUCAAGAAGCCGUAUGAAGUGGAGGACGCAGACGAGUCGGCGGAUGAUUUCAUCACCGAGCUCUUUGUUUAUUUGGGUGAACAGCCGGGACAGCUGUCUCAGCUGGCCCAGGAGUGGGAUCGCGUGAACGUCAAUGCCAUCAGCGACCUGCACCGCGUGAAGACCAAGGGCGCGUGA